CUCCCCCCCGAGUCUUGUCUCUCGUCUCUGUAGGCAACGCAAAUGUCAAAGCGGCGCCGCCGUCCAUCAAUGGACUAUUCUCAACUCUUCAUAACCCCCAAACCAGUUUCAGUUAAGAAGAAGAAGAAGAAGAAGAAGAAGAACAGCUCAAAUGGACCAUUCAUGCGAUGCGACUACUGCAACAACAACUACAGAUGAGAACUCCAUGAGGAGUAGAGAUGUUGAUGAGGAAAGAAGAAGAACAGAGGGGGGAGAUCGGGACGCCGGCCGUGGAACGUGGAAGCACGCCGCCUUCCACGUCGCCACCACCAUCGCCACCCCUGCUGCCUACGCCCCCCUUCCCUUCGCUCUCGCCUCUCUCCGCUGGCCUCUCGGUGUAAGUAGUUUGGUGGGUGCAACUCUGUCCACAUGGUAUUCCAGUCUUUUGAUUGCUUCUCUAUGGAAAUGGGAUGGAAAGAGGCACACUACAUAUCAGCAUCUUGCUGAGAGUAUCUUUGGAUAUUGGGGUUGCUGGUCUAUUGCAUUUUUCCAGCAGGUAGCUUCUUUAGGCAAUAAUAUUGCCAUUCAUAUUGCUGCAGGCAGCAGUCUUAAGGCAGUUUACAAAUACUACCACAAGGAGGGUACAUUAACCUUGCAGCACUUUAUCAUUUUCUUUGGGGCCUUUGAACUUUUUCUAUCCCAGCUUCCAGAUAUCCAUUCUUUGAGAUGGGUAAAUGCUUUAUGCACUUUCAGCACAAUUGGCUUUGCUGGCACGACCAUUGGGGUGACAAUUUAUAAUGGAAAAAGAAUCGAUAGAAAUUCAAUCAGCUACAGUUUGCAAGGGAGCUCCUCGUAUAGGACAUUUAAAGCCUUUAAUGCUCUUGGGGCAAUUGCCUUUUCAUUUGGAGAUGCAAUGCUUCCAGAAAUUCAGAGUACAUUGCGAGAACCAGCAAAGAAGAAUAUGUAUAGAGGUGUCUCAGCAGCAUACAGUCUCAUCAUUUUGACUUACUGGCAGCUGGCCUUUUGUGGCUAUUGGGCAUUUGGUUCAGAAGUUCGACCUUACAUACUGGCUUCUUUAACUGUUCCUAGAUGGACAACUGUUAUGGCAAAUAUUUUUGCUGCGAUUCAAAUAUCAGGAUGCUUUCAGAUAUAUUGCAGGCCAACAUAUGCGUACUUUGAGCGGAAAAUGUUGUUCCAGGGAUCUUCAAACCAUUUUCUCCUGAGAAACCACCUUCUUCGCCUUGUAUCAACCUCAAUUUAUAUGGUUCUUGUUACUCUUGUUGCUGCAGCCAUGCCUUUCUUUGGGGAUUUUGUGUCCAUCUGCGGAGCCAUUGGAUUUACUCCUCUUGACUUUGUAUUCCCUGUUUUGGCAUAUCUGAAGGCCGGAAGAAUGCCCAAGUCUCCAAAACUUCGCCUGUCACUGCAGCUCCUUAACCUUACUAUAGCAGCUUGGUUCUCGGUGGUUGCCGUAUUGGGUUGCAUUGGGGCCAUCAGAUUCAUCAUAGAUGAUAUUAAAACUUACAAAUUCUUUCAUGAUAUGUGAGAUUUUGGAUUUUGGUAUUUGAUCUACCGUCUUAAUCUCUCUUCGCUGUAAGAUUUUUCAGUCAACAAUGGUAACUUUAUGAAUUUACUGCUUGCAUUAAAGAAAGAUUUGCACUGGGCACUGUGUAA